AUGACGUCAUCAUCGUUCGAGAGACUUGAUAACAAGCCAUCAAAAUCUUUUCGCCAUCUUUCCACAACGCCAGACUACCAGCCGCCGUAUUUCCCGCCUCCCUACGCUCCACUUCCGCUACACACUUCCGGCUAUCCCUACCCACACCAUCAUCAUCAUCAUCACCAUCAUCCCGGGUUCGUCCAACCAUCUCAACCAACGUUUGACCUCAGUUUGACCUACCACCCCGAAGGGCAAAAUCCAUUAUUGACAAAUAAUUUUCACCCGCAGUACAACGCGGUGGCUGCAGUAGUUGCUACAACAGCAUCAUCAGCAGCGGUAGUUGGGGCCGAUCCCUUUCAAAGUUACGCAAAUUUUUAUGCCCAAGGCAUUCCCUAUCCAGGUGCAUAUAAUUAUCCAUUUCACGAUCCGUUCAAUGGUGGUAGCAGCGCAAAUGGUGCCAACAACAACAACAACGUUGUUGUCGACGGUGGCUGCAAGAUAGGCAGCAGCAGCAGCAACAGCCACAACGCCAGCAACAUGGCUACCACGAAUCACCAGCAACAUUACUCGCAACGACAUCUUCUUCAACAGCAAUAUAACCAACUUUCUCAGCAGCAACAACAAACCACCUCUUUCAAAUCACCAACAACAACUCAACCACCACUACCUCAGCAGCAGCAGCAGCAGCUAGAGUUUCGAGACGUGACGUCACCGACGACAAACACAGACCCCCCUCUGCAAUAUACUCUUCUAUCUAACUCAACAAGGCCACAGCAACUAGCAUCUGACAUCAUUUCAUCAAUUUAUCCGCCCCAAAUUUCUGCCAAUGAGCGCGAGAAGUUUGCAUCCUCUAGCCAAUCACCAUUCGGGCUCUACACUAAAGACCAACCUAACCCAUUUAAUCCGGCCAUUCAUAACCAAACAGUUUCGAACGCGGAUUUAUGCCAAUCACAAAUCGGUCCGAACGAGGUCACGUGCGUAAGAAAAAAUGGCGGAAAAGUUAAGGCAGAACCUUCUAGAAAUUUUGCACGCCACCAUCCCUACCAAGCAACAAACGAAUGCAACAACAACAUCAACAACAACAUCAACAAUAACGAUAGAAUUGCUUACUAUGGCAGCACUCAACAAUUUUUACUUUUACAACAUCAACAACAACACAGGAAUAUUGUUGCCGGCAUCAAUGAAGACACUCAGGCUAGUUGA